AUCUUUGCUAUUGUUGAGUUGAAUAAACGCAAUCAAAAGCAAACCCGUGUUGAAUCGUGCGAUUAAUUGUUUAAUCUUUUUUUAGGAUAUAAAGCAGUUAUAUUGUUCGGGCUAUUCAGGUGCCUCCAUGCUGCUGAUAACGCACUUCGUAUUGCAUUGGAUCCCUCCUCCACCACGGAAGGUCGUAUCGACGUAUUUCACGAUGAUAAAUGGGGAGCUGUGUGUGAUGACGAUUUUGAUAUGAAUGAAGCGGAAACAGCAUGUGUGCAGCUAGGCUACGAGAGAGCUGUUGGCUUGACUGGUCACAUAGCGAGUGGUCCAACGAAUUAUCAUCUUGAUGAAGUUAAAUGCAAUCCAAGCCAUGCAAGAAUACAAGAUUGCGACCAUGAUCCCUGGGGAGAUCAUGACUGCGGCAAUCCACCAAAUCAGAAAACUUCAGUCUCGUGUUCGGGCGGAUACCGUGAGGUAAUUGCGAAAACGCAUGAGAAAGCAACACAUUACUGGAAUUGUGAUGAAUUUACAACUGGACAAUCUUACGACAUAAAAAACGGACAUUCGGCUAGGAUUCAUGGGACAGCAACAUUAUCACGGUCACCUAUAGAUUCUGGAUUUCAUCUUAAAGGGAAGUCCUCAUGGGUAAACCUUGGAGAUUUCUCAAGUCAGCCAUGCUUAGUUGAUCCACACAAUUGCUUUAUUGGCGUGUCUGUUUGGUUGAAAGCUUUGAAACUCCCAAGCCACACAACCUAUGUUCUUGGAAAUAGAUACAGUGGUCACAAAAUGUAUGGAUUCUACGUCUAUAUCAGCGGAGGUAGAUUGAGAGGUGAAAUCCGUGGCUCACAAACGUAUUGUUACUUUCACGAUUAUCGAAUUUCUACCAACUUCUGGUACCACUUUACAAUGACAUGGGCGCCGGGAGCGAGUAAUUUUAAUGUUUAUAUGAAUGGGAACCCUACUGCCAAGAGAAAAUGCCUUGCGACUGAAAACACUACUCAGCACAAUCCAGUGUAUACACUUGGUGCAGAUGAAGCUCUGGCAGGCAACAGUAACAGGGAUUUAGACGUCUCCUUUGACGAUCUUGUCAUUCUAUUCCAAUCCUGGCUAUCGGACUCAGAACUAAAGGCUCCGUACCGUCUAGCUACACAACUCAGCGGACAUACAGUGACUGAAAUAACUCUAAAAGUACCUGACUAUCCCUGGAACAGUGCGUACAAUGACAAGACAAGUUCGGUAUACACAGAACUUGUGCGAGGUCUUGAUGAUUUGACAAGCGACAUUUAUGACCACGAAGACUUCGAGUUUGUAUCAUAUCAUUUGAAGAGUUUGCAAGCUAAUUCUGGCGUUCUGCAAAUGAGUUUGGGAUUAAAUUUUACCAAAGCGGGAUAUGUGAAUGGGUUUCGUUUGUUCAGAUCAAUUAAUGAACAUAAAUUUUUGAACACCACAGCCGAAGUAAUAGGAUGCAAACCCCAACAACAAUCCUGUGAUGAUGAUAUAAUUCUUGAAUCAGCCGUUCGCGAUAAGGAUCCGACUUAUGCUGGCGCCUAUUUUUACCCAAAAGAGGAGCACUUGAAGGAUCCUUAUUAUAGAGGAUACAUAAUUGUGGCAUAUAAAGUCAACGGCAGUAAGUGGGAUGUUUGGACAGCUCAUUCCUACCCAGACAACUUGAAUAGAGCUCAUGCCCGGGUCAAAUGUGGCGCCUACAAACUUGUUGCUGUAACAGUCCAGUUGAUGACCAUGAAAGGAUACGGGUUUCGUUGCUCGAACUUUAAGAUGGUAGAGCUUCCUGAAGGAUCUCCCACUGCAGGCCCUUCAGGUUUAACAGUGAAGUCGCAUCAUGCUUUUAACGUGACCGUUGUCUGGGGGAAUAUAACGGAAUAUCAUAGGAUGGGAAUCAUUCAAAAGUAUGCAAUACGACUACGGAACGGGGCCGACCUAAGACGCAUAAUACGUACCAGCUGUUGUGUUUGGGUAAAUGAGACUCACACCGCUUAUUUUGAUAUCCUGCACCCUGGUGUCUACUAUCACAUAAGCGUCUGUGGAUAUACGUCAUAUCACGUUUGUGGAACGAACUCAUACGUACGGUUCCGAGCGACUCCAUUGCUUCCUGCAAGAGCCCCAAGAGAUGCGAUAGUGACGCCUCAUCCCUCAAAAGCUCACCUUCGCUGGAAGAUUGUGCAUCCAGAUUAUCAGUACGGAACGCAAAUAAAAUAUCGAGUUGUUGUGGAAAAACUACGGACGAAAAAUAUUGUCUACAGCCUUGACAUAGGUGUAACCGAUGAUGAAACGGUUGAUUAUGAGUGUUGGCUUUGGAACUUGAGGGGACUAACAGAAUAUCGAGUGAAUGUUUCAUUGAUAAACGAGGUUGGGGAAGGGCCUGUUAACAGUGUGUUUUUUGAAACGACUGAAGGAGUACCGAGUGCUUAUCCAGAAAAUUUUGCAAUUGUAAACAUUACAUCAGACACAAUAAAUGCGACAUGGGAAGCCAUACACCCCUUUGAUACAAAUGGUAUCCUCCGGGGUUAUCACUUGUAUUACAGACUGGCUGAUUUUUCCGGACCAUGGUCUGUUGUCAACGUUGCUAACCUAACGGCAAGCGUACCAGUACUUAGUUUAAGACCGUAUGAACUGCAGCUUUGCGGAUUCACCAACAGUGGGGAUGGAGUAAACACAUCAGUGGUGAUUGUUAAUACAACAGGAUUUAGGCCAACCAACGUCUCAACCGACAUCACGGUGGUCAAUGCAACCAACGAUACAAUGUCAAUUCAUUGGAGUUAUGAUACAAUUCACAGCAAACCAGCGCAGUAUUUUAUCAUAACUGUAACAAGAAAUGAUACAAACGUCACUGUGGCGAUUGAAAGACUGAAUGUUUUAUUCUGGUUUGAGGAUGUAUUUUGGAUAAUCGUGAAAGGUUUAAAAGAAUACAAAUGGUAUAAAAUACGUGUUGCUGCAGGAAAUAUCAAGGGAACUGCACCAUUCAGUGAUAUGCUUGUUUUAAAUCAUACCCUAGAAGGACUCCCCUCAGCACCUCCCAGAAAUUUAACUGCAAUGAAUACGUCAUCUCGAAGUAUACUGCUUCAAUGGAAGCCAGUGGUUUAUGAAUAUCAAGACGGCAUCAUUCGUGGUUAUAAAGUAUUCUGGCGCUUAGCCAACACCGCCGACUCAUGGAACGAAGUGCAGGUCAAUGGUUCCCACAAUACAAAUACUGAAAUAAAACGUUUGAAGAAAUUUCGUGACUACGAGUUCAAAAUUUUGGCAUUUACCACGGUUGGAAACAGCGUUAUGACAAAGUCUGUUGUUGCAAGAACAGAUGAAGACAUUCCAUUACAUCCGCCUCUUAAUGUCCACACUUACAACACGAGCUCGAGAAGUUUGCAGGUGAUCUGGGAUCGCGUCCCGGCAGAGUGGCGCUUUGGGAUCAUUCGGGGAUAUCAGGUGAUCAUAACAGAUACACGUGAUGGUCACGAGUACGUUGAGGACGUCAAAUUCAGCGCAAACAGGAGCUUGGAGCGAGCGGGAUUUGAGAGAUACACGAACUAUACCGUGAAGGUUGCUGCCUAUACUGUCAAAGGGUUGGGAAACUUCAGUGAAGCCAUUCGUGUUAUUACUGACGAGGACGUCCCGUCGGAGCCGCCACCUGACAUUCAAUGUACGACAAUCAACUCAACAACUUUGAAAAUCGACUGGUCAGUAUUGGCUGUUGUUAAGGCUCACGGUAUUGUCAGAACGUACGUGACAUUUUUGAACCGAAGCGAUGGUCGUCAUAUUGAGCUCUAUCGCGAUGUUCAACCUGCUACAUCGUUUACUACAAGUUUUCAUGGCCUGGACGAAUAUGUUAAAUACAGUGUUGAAAUGCUGGCUACAACAAUCAAAGGCGAAGGAGUUAAGAGUGUUCCAAUCACGUGCGAGACAGAUGAGGACGUACCUCAUGCUUCACCCCAGGGCCUUCACGGCUUUAAUACAAGUGACACAACGAUCAAAAUAUUCUGGAAGCUCGUUCCCAUCGAUGAUCAAAAUGGCAUAAUCACAGGCUACACAAUAUUCUUCAACACGACCAGGAGAAAUGGAGAUAUUAAUCAUCGUGAAAAACGCGUUGGAUUGAUUCUGCAGACAAAUCUUGAUUCUUUACUGCCUUUCAAGUAUUAUGAUAUUCAAAUAGCCGCGUGGACUUCAAAAGGCAUGGGACCGAAGAGUAAUGUCACUACAAUAUUGACGGAGGAAGAGGCUCCGAAGGUUGCUCCAAGCAAUGUGAAAGCCUUCAACACUAGCUCUACAUCAAUACGGCUGACAUGGAGAGCCAUCCCCCCGGAGCAGGUUGGAGGGAUUCUUCGCGGGUACAAAAUAUUCUGGGAUGAAGUUGACUACCUUGGGAAUGUGAUUCUGCAGAAUGAAACACGCUUGGAUAGUCCAUCAUACGAGUCAUUGGAUUUCACUGGCUUGACAAAGUUUCAAGAAUAUAGAUUCAGCAUUUUGGCUUUUACAAAAUUUGAUGGAGUUCUGAGUGCAGUUGUUUCAACUAUGACAGAUCAAGAUAUUCCAACUCUUCCUCCAACGGCCUGUUCUGGUUUCAACGUUAGUAAAAACAAGAUAAAAAUCGUAUGGAAUGACGUUCCACGAUCAGACCGAAACGGGAUUAUUCUAGGAUACAACAUUUACACUACUGAAGUCUACAAUUAUUUUGCUACCAUGCCUGCGGACUAUAUCGCUCCUGAUAAGCGCACAAUUAUGAAUACAACAGAAGAGCCAGCUAGAUUGUUUGUUCAGCACAGACUACUGCCAUAUACAGAUUACUCCUUUAAAGUUGACGCCUUCACUUCUAAAGGAAAUGGCCCGAAUUGUAGCGCUUUCAUCGUUCGGACUGAGGAAGAAGCUCCACUGGUCUCGCCUGGUAAUAUCACUCUGUACAAUACAAGCUCCACAUCAAUUGAAGUAAACUGGUUUGCUCUGAAUCAAAACAUUAUUCGCGGUAUCUUCUUCGGAUAUGAAAUUUGGUUCACUGCACAUCCAGAAUUCCCAUCGGCAUAUCUCAGAUACGGUGAUCCUGUGUCAAAAAGAAAACGUAGAUCUGUGUUUACGUUGGAUAAACAAUCUGUAACCGCUGGAGUUACAAGUGAAUCAAUAAAGAUAACCGGUUUGGCAAAAUAUACCAACUAUACCGUGCAAGUGAUUGGGUAUACAAAAUUCCUGGGAGCACAAAGUCAAAUCGUGAGGGUUCUUACUGAUGAAGAUAUUCCCAGUAAGCCUCCUCGAGAUCUGCGCGGACAUAAUCUGAGUUCAACCACAAUAUCCAUCAAAUGGAGAACUGUUGAAGAUGGCUUUGUUCACGGGAUAUUGCUGGGGUAUCGUCUUUAUUAUCGUUUGACUGUCGCACCUUUGAUGCCGCCAUUCAAUAAAACAUUUGGACCCGAGCAAUACGAGGCGACCAUUGAUGGCUUGUUUAUGUUCACAAACUACACGUUUCAAAUAACUGCGUUCACGUCAAAAGGCGAGGGUCCAUUGUGCAAUGAAGUCGUUAUUAGCACUGAUGAAGACGUGGCCAGUAAGUCGCCGUUUGGGUUCAGCGUUGUGAACCUCAUUCAUAUGCAUGAAAUUCCGCUCAGCUGGAACCCAGUUCCUGAGGGGUAUCUUAAUGGCAUUCUCAUUGGUUAUCGUAUAAAAAUGUGGUUGAUCUCAGAUGCAAUGUUGGAUGUGGCUGGUGAAGAAAGACACAUUGAUGUUGAUGCCGAGACUUUGAGUUACACUGUGCGAAAGUUGCUGAACUUUGCUACCUACAGAUUUCAAAUCGUUGCUUUAACAAAAUAUGGUGAAGGCGUGCAUAGUCCCAUAAAAACUGCAAAAACGUGUCCCUGUGAAAAAUAUCUCACCACAAACUGGUACAUGCUUCCGCCUUAUACCAACCGCACUGGCGACAAGGAAACUGGUAUCUUGCCUUGGUUAUUAAAUAACCUAGUCAAAGAAUGCUGUGGUGAUUGCUCGAACGGUCACAGACGGUCAGAAAUAUUGUACAAAACCGAUGGCUACGGACAAGAUGGUUUUAAGGAAGAGAUUGGCGAUUUCUCUACAAUAAUAAAUACAGACACUGACUUCCAUUUUCCAGUCUUAGGACAUCACUUACAAGAGAAGUUCCAAACAUUUUAUUCGUAUGUUUACGCAGUCGCAAGUCCAGGCGUAGCGUUCUUCAUUGUUGAUGAUCCACCUGAUACUAUGCCUAACGCGAUACUCCAAACUGUCAGUGGUUCUUGGGGAAUGAUGUUUUUCACUGUAGUAUUCUCUUUUAUGGCCGGAAUCGUGAUGUGGAUUUUGGAUGCCGGUGAGAAUGAGUCGGAAUUUACGAGAAGGUUUUUCACAGGAUGUGGCGAAGGAUUUUGGUGGGCUUUUGUCACCAUGACAACUGUAGGAUACGGUGACCGAAGUCCUAGAUCAUUUGCUGCAAGAGUAUUUACAAUGUUCUGGAUGCUCACUGGAUUAAUCAUAACAUCUAUUUUGAUGGGCAACAUUACCAAUGCUCUGACAACGGUCACAUUUACUGCAAAAUCCAUUAAAUUAUAUGGAACUAAAGUGGCAGCUAUUGAGGGAUCACCUUCGUUUCGAGUGGGGAUCCGUAGAAACGCUAUAGUCAAUCCAGAUAACAAAUAUUUAGAUGCUUUUGGACUACAGCGUGAUUUACGUGAACGGAAAGUAAAAGGAGCUUUGUUGGAUGGCUACAUGGCAGGAAGUUACAAUGAAUUAUUUGAAGAAGACCAUAUCAGAGUGAAAGAAAUCAUUGAUUUUAACGCUGGCUACGGUUUUGUGCUGGGAGGAAUACAUCAUCGACUCCAAAGAUGCUUCAAAAGUUAUGUUAAAAGAAAGCGAAGUUUUAUUGUCGAUUAUGUUGCCUCGCAAAUCAAAGUUGUCAAAAAAAACCCAAAGAGUCCUGCGGAAGCACAAUCAACGAAUCUUUUCAAUCCAAAAGCAGACAUAUUUGUAAAAAGUAUGACCGUCACGCUUGCUAUGUACGUCGGAGCUAUUGUUAUAGGCUUUUGCUUGCAGUUUUACCUCAGAAAACGUUUUCGUAAAAAAGUUCGAGAUUCCACUGAGGCUAACUACAAACAGAUACCAAAAGACACGGGUGAAAUGCUCGAAUCCUUUUGUACUCGAAUAUCUGCAUUGAAGAAAGAGCUUUACGACAAACACACGAAUGAAUUACGUGUAAUGUCUGGCAUGAAACGACGCGAAGUGAGCUAUGACAUUUUGCCAAAUAUCAACGAAGACUUCGUCUGUAGUCUGUCUGAAAAUGCUGACGUCGAGGAAAAGCACUCGUCAUGUAGUGACAGUAUCCAUGACAACAAGUUCACUAGCAAAACAUUGCUUAUACCAUCACCAAGUUAUACUGGGGAAACCAUUGGCAACGGUGUUGACCAAAGUCGGCUUCCUUCGCCCGCAAUGCAGUCACAGAUACAAUUAGAUUUAUCGUCAGAUAUUCCUUCGGUAGACGAAUCUCCUGAUAUCGAGGAUUUGCAACGAGAGGCGUAUCUGGCUGGACUGAAAGCCGAGGGAAAAGACGAAUCGGGUCAUCCCUUUGCCCAAUGGUAUCGCUAUUUAUGGGUAGAGAAGUAAUAGCAAAUGUCGCUUGAAAUCGCUGACAUGCAGGAUUGCAAUGCGCACGGUGAUAAUAUUUUGCUCAGUUGAACAUGAAACAGCACAAGUACACAUAUUCUUAAAAAAACAAUCAAUUGAAUGAUAAAUCUUUAGUAUAAAAUUUAUUUUAAAAUUAAUCCUGUUCAUAUACGGUGUUCCAGUUGAAGUU